CGCGGUCGACGGGGUGGUUUUUUGAGGGCGCGAUCGUUUCAAAAACGCGAUUUUUGAGAGAAAAUUUCGGGAAAUUGACUGAGAGUGGGUGGAGGUCGACGUGAUUGAGUCUACUUGAUGCAGAUGUAAUGACAAUGAAUACAGUUGCAAUUUUGCUUCUGGUGAUGGCUAGAAUGAAAUUAUUGGCUGGACUUCCUGACACCAUCCCUAUAGGAGGACUGUUCCACCCGACCGACGAUAAGCAGGAAAUCGCUUUCCGAUACGCGGUGGAGAAAAUUAACGGCGAUCGCACCAUCCUGCCGCGGUCUAAGCUGCAGGCGCAGAUCGAGAAGAUCCCGCCUCAGGACAGCUUCCACGCCUCAAAGAAAGUUUGUCAUCUUUUGAGGACGGGCGUGGCCGCCAUUUUCGGUCCCCAAUCGCCCCACACCGCCAGCCACGUGCAGUCGAUUUGCGACACCAUGGAGAUCCCCCACUUGGAGACACGCUGGGACUAUCGCCUGAAGCGCGAGAGCUGUCUGGUGAAUUUGUAUCCCCAUCCGACCACUUUGUCGAAGGCAUAUGUGGAUCUUGUGAAAGCCUGGGGCUGGAAAUCCUUUACGAUCAUUUACGAAAACAACGAAGGAUUGGUGCGAUUACAAGAACUGCUCAAGGCUCAUGGACCAUACGAAUUUCCUAUAACUGUGCGACAGUUAAGCGAAGGAACUGAUUACAGACCAUUACUGAAACAAAUUAAAAAUUCGGCAGAGAGUCACAUAGUGCUUGAUUGCUCAACGCCGAGGAUUUACGACGUACUAAAACAAGCGCAACAGAUAGGGAUGAUGAGCGACUACCAUAGUUACUUAAUUACUUCUCUGGACCUGCAUGGUGUCGAUUUAGAGGAAUUCAAAUAUGGCGGCACCAAUAUCACCGCUUUCCGAUUGGUCGAUCCGGACGGACCGGAAGUCCGCAAAGCCGUACGAGAUUGGAAUUUUCCGCAGGACAGCAAGGGAAAGAAAAAUGACAAUUUGCCCGCUCUCUAUCGGGAUAAUGGUACAUUUGUAAAGGCGGAGACGGCCCUAAUGUACGACGCAGUCCAUCUAUUCGCCAAGGCCCUCCACGACCUGGACACCAGCCAACAGAUCGACAUCAAGCCGCUCAGCUGCGAUGCGGUCGAUUUCUGGCCGCACGGCUACAGCCUUAUUAAUUACAUGAAAGUGGUGGAAAUGAGAGGUUUAACCGGCGUGAUUAAAUUCGAUCAUCAAGGAUUCCGAACGGAUUUUAUGCUGGACGUCAUCGAAUUAACCAGAGACGGACUAAAGAAGAUUGGAACGUGGAACUCGAGCGAAGGUGUGAAUUUCACUAGAACGUACGGAGAGGCAUACACACAAAUCGUCGAAAUUAUACAGAACAAAACGUUUGUAGUCACUACUAUAUUGAGCUCGCCGUACGUGAUGCGGAAGGAAGCGAGCGAGAAGCUGAGCGGAAACGCGCAGUUCGAGGGCUACGCAGUCGAUCUCAUCCACGAGAUAUCGCGGACGCUCGGCUUUAAUUACACCAUCAAGCUGGCACCGGACGGACGCUACGGAUCGCUCAACAGGGAGACGAAAGAAUGGGACGGGAUGAUCAGGGAACUGCUUGACCAAAAGGCCGACCUAGCCAUCGCCGACCUCACAAUAACGUACGACAGGGAACAGGCCGUCGACUUCACCAUGCCCUUCAUGAAUCUGGGCAUCAGCAUCCUCUACCGGAAACCGAUUAAACAGCCGCCCAAUCUGUUCUCCUUCCUGUCGCCCCUCUCGCUGGACGUCUGGAUUUAUAUGGCUACCGCCUACUUGGGCGUAUCGGUGCUGCUCUUUAUUCUGGCCAGGUUCAGCCCUUACGAAUGGGACAACCCGCACCCAUGCAACAGUGAUCCCGACGUCCUAGAGAACCAGUUCACCCUGUUAAAUUCCCUCUGGUUCACCAUUGGGUCGUUGAUGCAGCAGGGGUCAGAUAUCGCCCCAAAGGCUGUUUCAACAAGAAUGGUUGCUGGAAUGUGGUGGUUCUUCACUCUCAUAAUGAUAUCAUCGUACACUGCCAACUUAGCUGCAUUUCUCACAGUGGAACGAAUGGACUCGCCGAUAGAAAGCGCAGAGGACUUAGCUAAACAAACUAAAAUCAAAUACGGAGCUCUUAGAGGUGGAUCCACUGCAGCUUUUUUCAGGGAUUCAAACUUCUCAACCUAUCAACGGAUGUGGGCGUUCAUGGAGUCUCAAAGGCCGUCAGUGUUUACCUCUAGCAAUCAAGAGGGCGUCGAACAAGUGGUAAAAGGCAAAGGAAGUUACGCCUUCCUGAUGGAAUCUACGUCAAUCGAAUACGUCAUUGAGAGGAACUGCGAACUGACGCAAGUUGGUGGGAUGUUGGACUCAAAAGGAUACGGAAUUGCCAUGCCUCCAAACUCCCCAUUUCGAACUGCAAUAAGUGGCGCUAUAUUAAAACUACAAGAAGAAGGGAGACUUCACAUAUUAAAAACAAGAUGGUGGAAAGAAAAACGAGGUGGAGGAGCUUGUAGAGAUGAGACCACAAAAACGAGCAGUACCGCCAACGAGCUAGGCCUCGCUAACGUUGGCGGCGUCUUCGUCGUGCUCAUGGGCGGUAUGGGCGUGGCAUGCGUCAUAGCCGUCUGCGAAUUCGUCUGGAAAUCCCGAAAGGUGGCGGUAGAGGAACGGUCCUCUUUGUGCUCAGAAAUGAUUGUAGAGCUCCAGCAUGCUUUCUGCUGUCAACAAUCCAAAAAACCGAUCAGGAAAAAAGACAGUUCCCCUGACAAAGAUGGAAGAUUUCAUCCACCAGGUUCUUAUACCAGUUAUGGUUUUGUAACAACAAAAGAUUCGAUUUCUUAAAUAACCAAUCAACUAAUUUUGUUAAUUUUAUCAUCAGAAAGCUUUUUGCUGUGAAAUCAUAUCAUCGUUUUCGAAUUAACUGACCAGAAUUCAACGACGUGCAACGCGCCAAUGAAUUGCAUUGUAUUAUAAAUUAUAAAUGGUUCUUUAUUAUCACAAUCAAGAAAUUCUUGUAUGAAUUCUUACACACUGUUGCCAAAAAAAUUAUUUAAAAUAUUACAUAAUACUAAUUACUAAAGUGUUAAAAUUAUUAUAGAUUUUUUUAUUUAAUUCUGGAUGAUGUAGAUACUAAAUUUGUGAGUGACCAUUAGAAUCUUGAGAGCUACAGUUAAAAAUAAAUGGUAAUUGAAUGAAAAAAUUAACACUUUUGUCAAAACAUAGAUU